AUGGACGCUGCCAUAGAUCUCAACAACAUGAACGCAGCCAACACGACCGACGUUCUUUCCCAGCACGUCCAGGAAGAAGGACAUGGAGGUCCCACUCGUCCAUUCGAGCUCAUAGCCCGCACCGACUGGAUGAGAUUAAUGUACCACACAACCUCUCAACGCGGACCGACACCCCCAAGCAGGGAAUAUCUUUUACCGCGGGUAGACAACAUUGAUGAAUUCAUGGAGUGGCGGGAAAGUUUUGUUCAACGAACCAUAUACUUCGACAAUUGGUUUCUUCAAUUCAUUUACAGCAUCUUUGACUUCUUCCGCCUCCAAUAUCGCAUCUUGGUCACUCAUUGGAGUGAAUACUCAAGAUGGGAGAAAGAGCGUAUCAAGAAUCCUUGGGGAAAUUGGGAGGGUCAGAUUGGAUUUCAAGACGAUUCCCCUGACCCUAAAUGGAGGGCUAAACUUGUCGUGGAAGUGAAGGAUAUAAACGGGAUGGAUAUGGGACUCACAAUCGAUACGUCUGUGGGCUCUGCCCACAACCGACCAACCUCCACCCCUUCGACCGACCACCCCCCCGUCUUCUCUCCCGCUCAGCCUCCCUCUUCCAGCACCAGUGUUGGGGCUCCCGUCCUCAUCAUCCACGUCCACCGCCCCGCCUCCCUCCGCGACACCCUCCGCCAGUGGCUUCGGCCUUUCCUCGCCUUCCUCCCCCCUUUCGUAUCCGUCGUGGUAUACCGACAACUCCUGGACUAG